AUGUCCGCUGCAGACAAUGGGGAACUGCCCGGCAUCUUUGAGACCACAGGAUAUGAUACACAUUCAGACAAAGACAGCAUCGUCGUCGACAGAAUUAAAUCGCCGCGUCAUGGGCUAAAGAGAGUAUCCGCCGCCUGUCAAAGAUGUCGCCGCAGAAAACAAAAGUGCGACGGUAUACACCCUGUUUGCGGAUCUUGCGCUGCUGCCAAUGUCUCCUGUGUACCUUCAGAUCGUCUCUCUGUCAGACAAGACAGGGAAUGUGAGUGUGACCAUCUGCGAGGCCAAGUAGAGCGUCUGAAGGAUCGCGUCAAUCAACUGCAGACACGCUUGACAAUGCAAUCAAGACUUCCCUCAGAAGCGCUAUCUCAAGACAGCAUGCAAUUGCGCCCUAUCCAACGACCAGAACCUGACGGAUCAGUGGCGAGUCUCGAAAGAGGCUAUGUCGGACGAAUGCUUCUUCCUACCUUUCGAGGAGCGAAUGCUAAUGGAACCUCCGAGACUGGUUUCAGGAGUGGUCCUUGGCAGCUGUGGAAUGGUCUCUCCGCUAGCGACACGCCUCCGACUCCCACGUCAAACACUUUCAACCUCCAUCGCGAUGGAAUCGGACUGAUAGACGUGUUUUUCGACCGCAGAUGGCCCCAGUAUCCCGUCAUUCAUCGACCGACCUUUAUGGAACAGCACUACAUCCCUUACUGUAACGGACAAAUACGAAACAGGCUAUCUGCGUUUGAAGUACACAUGGUCCUCGCCAUAGGAGCUUCCGAAAAAGCCCGCAUCAGUUCUGACGCGCCUGUUUCUCACGAGCACUUUUUUGAAGCCGCGGUGAGAGAUCUAGAUUCUGUUCUGGCAGCUGAAGACAUUGAUUGCAUACGAUGUCUUUCUCUGCUUUGUCUGUUCGGAAGCAAUGAACCACAGUCUGUCAAUCUGUGGUACACCGUUGGUAUGGCUUUGAGGCUUGCAGUUGGCAUCGAGAUGCACAGAGACGAGAGUCUGUCGCAGAAAUCUCUUUUGGACGCAGAAAUGCGAAAGAGACUAUUCUGGAGUCUGUACACCAUGGAUCGAAGCGUAUCCAUAUCUCUCGGUCGACCACUCGGAAUCCAAGACGCAGACAUAACCAUCCCCCUCCCUUUGAUUCUCUCAGAUGAACAGCUCGCCGGCCCGCCAGAUCGCGCUAUUCCCAAUAUCCUCCCGGAUGUCCGAGACAUGUCAGCCUUUCGCCACAUCGUGGAACUUCGCCAAAUCAACGGAGGCAUUUAUUCAGCUCUCCAUUCAGCUGGCGGUGCAAAUUUGGAGAGCACCAACCUCGACGCCAUCCGCCAGCAGCACUACACUCGUCUCAACGCAUGGCUUCUGUCCGCUCCUAGAUAUCUCGCUCCGCUGUCAAUGUAUCAGACGCCUGAAUGGUUUCAGAUUGCGUACCACCAAGCGGUUAUUAAUCUUCACCGUCCGUCACACGCUUCACCCGUGAGCAGCGCCGAUGCCAUUCGGCUUUGCGCUGAUUCAUCGAUCAGUUUGAUUAGUUGCUACAACGCGUUGUACGCCAAGAACAAGAUCAUCUACACUUUUGUGGCGCUGGAUUCUUUGUUUUUGGCAGCUGUCACGAUGUUGUAUUCUAUCCGUGCGAGCUCCAUCGUCCGCCACGAAUUGACUCGGGAGGUGGUCGAGUCUAAUAUUGAGACAUGUGUGAGACUCUUGUCCAAGAUAUCUCACGGCAAGACAGUCGGUGAGCGAAGCAUGCAGAUUAUUCGGAGGCUGGGAAAUGCCACGUUGGCUGUUUUUGACAACAGUUCAUAUGCCGAGGCGGAUAUUGAUACAGAGUUUAUGUCGUGGUUCGGUGUCAAGAGUCAAAAUCCGGUUAGACCGGAGUAUCCCACGCCGAGCAUUGACACGGCCUGGAAUGAUUUGUUUGAGCAUGGUUAUGAUUUGACUAGUUAUCAGAAUGGGCACUUACUCUUGUAG